GUAGCCGCCCGCGCGGGAUGACCUGGGGCGGCUCUGGGAGCCGGCUGCCGCGAGAGAUCUGGGGGCUCCGCCGGCCCGCCGAGAGUGAGCCAAGGCCUGGAUUCUGCUCUGGAGAUCUGUCCUGCCCUCAUCUGUAAACUGACGCUAUGCAUCCAGACCCUGGACCCUUACAGACACUGCUGUAUGUUAUUCCUUUGAUUCUGUGCUCUUCUGCGCGUUCAGACGUGGCACCUUAUUUUGUUUCUGAGCCGCUGUCUGCUGUCCAGAAACUUGGUGGACCUGUAGCUCUACAUUGUUCUGCGAAGCCCGUGACCGCUCGCAUCACAUGGCUGCACAAUGGAAAAAGACUGGAUCGAAACGUGGAGCAGAUUAACAUUCAUCAGGGGACCUUGACCCUUCUUUCUCUCAACCCCUCCCUUUUGGGUCACUACCAGUGUGUUGCCAACAAUAGCGUCGGCGCAGUUGUGAGUGGUCCUGCAACAGUAUCCAUUGCAGUUCUUGGUGAUUUUGACUCAUCCACAAAGCAUGUUAUUACAGCAGAAGAAAAAAGUACUGGUUUCAUUGGCUGCAAGGUGCCAGACAGCAACCCCAAAGCGGAGGUGCGCUAUAAAGUCCGGGGGAAAUGGCUGCGGCAUUCUACAGAGAAUUACUUAAUCCUGCCAUCGGGGAAUCUUCAGAUUUUGAAUGUAUCCUUAGAGGACAAGGGAUCAUAUAAGUGUGCAGCUUUUAACCCUGUCACACAUGAAUUAAAAGUCGAGCCCAUUGGCCAAAAGCUCCUUGUGAGUCGCACUUCUUCCGAUGGUUUUCACAUUCUUCACCCCACUCUUUCCCAGGCAUUAGCUGUGCUUUCUCAUAGCCCUAUAACCCUCGAGUGUGUGGUGAGUGGGGUCCCCACUUCUCAAGUGCACUGGCUGAAGGACGGUCAGGACGCUGUGGCGGGGAGCAAUUGGAGGAGGUUGUAUUCUCACCUUGCCACAGAUAGCAUCGACCCGGUGGAUGCUGGGAACUACUCCUGCAUGGUGGGAGGCACGUCUGGAGAUGUGAAGCAUGUGACUUACAUGAUUAGCGUACUCGAACAUGCUUCAAUUUCUAAAGGACUGCAGGAUCAGACAGUGUCUCUGGGUGCCACCGUACAAUUCACUUGUGAAGUUCAUGGGAACCCAUCCCCCAACCGCACCUGGUUUCAUAAUGCUCAGCCUAUUCAUCCUUCCCCACGACAUCUCACUGCAGAAAAUGCAUUGAAAAUCAGUGGUGUUACCAUGGAAGACUCAGGGCUGUAUCAGUGUGUAGCAGAUAAUGGCAUUGGAUUUAUGCAGUCUACUGGGAGACUUGAAAUCGAAAAAGACAGUGGACUCAAGCCAGUUAUAAUUACAGCACCAGCAAGUACAAAGGCAGUAGAAGGAGACUUUGUUACUUUGUCCUGUAAUGCCACUGGAGUCCCAGUUCCGGUCAUUCGUUGGUAUGACAGGCAUGGAUUGAUAACCAGCCAUCCGUCUCAAGUCCUCAGAGCUAAGUCCCGGAAGUCACACUUCCUAAGACCUGGGGGCGUUGACCUGGAGCCUGUGUACUUUGUCAUGUCCCGAGCUGGCUCCAGCUCUCUGUACAUCCAGGCCAUCACUCAGGAGCAUGCUGGGAAGUAUACCUGCGAAGCUUCGAAUGAGCAGGGCACUGCGCGGUCGGAAGCUGUCCUCACAGUUGCCCCUUUGGAAACAAAUACAGAGGCAGGAACAGUCACAGCCGAUGCCACUCGGAAUGAUGAGAGAGAUGGUUUGGAAACUGGAUUCGUGAGCUCAUUUCCAGCGAAGGAACAUUCCAGUGCAGUGGAAUCGCCAUCAGAGAAAAAUGCCAGUGGUGCUUCAGUCCCAGAUGCCCCCAUCAUUCUGAGCCCCCCACAGACCCACACCCCGGAUACAUACAGCCUGGUCUGGAGGGCGGGGAAGGAUGGGGGGCUGCCCAUCAAUGCCUAUUUUGUGAAGUAUCGAAAGCUGGACGAUGGUGUGGGCGUGGUGGGAAGCUGGCACACAGUCCGCGUCCCAGGCAGCGAGAACGAGCUGCACCUGUCGGAGCUGGAGCCGUCUAGUCUCUACGAAGUCCUGAUGGUGGCCAGGAGCGCGGCAGGGGAAGGCCAGCCUGCCAUGCUGACCUUCCGGACGAGCAAAGAGAAAACAACCUCAUCGAAAAACACCCAGGCAUCCUCCCCUCCGGCGGGAGUUCCUAAGCGCCCCGCGGUUUCAGAGGCUGCAGACCACUUUGGGGUGGUUCUGACCGACCCCUCCAGGCACAGCGGAGUUCCAGAGGCCCCUGAUCGGCCUACCAUCUCCACUGCAUCAGAGACGUCCGUCUACGUCACUUGGAUCCCUCGGGCCAAUGGGGGCUCUCCAAUCACUGCCUUCAAGGUCGAGUAUAAACGGAUGAGGAGUAGUGAUUGGCUGGUGGCAGCUGAAGACAUCCCUCCUUCCAGACUCUCUGUGGAAGUUCGUAGUUUAGAGCCAGGUUCAACAUACAAAUUUAGGGUCAUUGCUAUCAACCAUUAUGGCGAGAGUUUUCGGAGUUCGGCAUCUCGUCCUUAUCAGGUGGCUGGGUUCCCCAAUCGUUAUUCUAACCGUCCAGUAGCUGGACCUCACAUUGUGCACACGGAAGCUGUCAGUGACACGCAGAUCAUGCUCAAGUGGACGUACAUUCCAUCAAUUAACAAUAACACUCCCAUUCAAGGAUUUUAUAUUUAUUACCGGCCAACAGAUAGCGACAAUGACAGUGAUUACAAGAGGGAUAUUGUAGAAGGGUCCAAGCAGUGGCACGUGAUUGGGCGCCUGCAGCCGGAAACCUCCUAUGACAUUAAGAUGCAGUGCUUCAACGAGGGCGGGGAGAGCGAGUUCAGCAACGUGAUGAUCUGUGAGACGAAAGUGAAGCGUGUUCCCGGAGCUUCCGAGUAUCCUGUCCAGGACCUGAGCACCCCUCCCAGCCCCUCAGGAGGCGGAGGCAGCGUGGGGCCCGCAGCCAGCCCUGCCAGAAGCAGCGACAUGUUGUACCUGGUGGUGGGCUGUGUGCUGGGGGUCAUGGUCCUCAUCCUCAUGGUCUUCAUCGCCAUGUGCCUGUGGAAGAGCCGCCAGCAGCACACCACACAGAAGUAUGACCCACCAGGAUAUCUCUACCAAGGUUCAGAUGUUAACGGGCAGAUGGUGGAAUACACCACUCUGCCCAGCAGGAACCAGAUAAAUGGAAAUGUUCACAGAAGCUUCAUAAGCAACGGAGGUCUCAGCAACGGCUGCUCCCACCUUCACCAUAAGGUCCCCAGUGGAGUCAAUGGACUUGUGAAUGGGAGCUUAAGUGGAGGGCUUUACUCUGGGCACACAAGCUCUCUAACCAGGACACGGGUGGAUUUUGAACAUCCUCGUCAUCUAGUGAAUGGCGGUGGCGUGUACACGGCAGUACCUCAGACUGACCCAGCGGAGUGCGUCACCUGUCGGAAUUGUUGGAACAACAAUAGGUGUUUCACGAAAACCAACGGCACUUUCAGCAGCAGCCCCCUUUCGGUGGUCCCCGUGGUGGCACCUUGUCCUCGGGAUGGUUUGGAGAUGAAGCCCCUCAGUCACACGAAGGUGCCUGUGUGUCAGGCUUCCGCCACCCCCGACUGCCGCCAGUUACCUGACGAGAGCAUCAGGGACGGUGUGGCACCGAGACCUCAACAUACUUGCUGUCAGGACAACAGGCAUGAGGCCAACCCUGGCUCCACAGAAGAUGCAGCAGAGUGCAGCAGAGGAGACAGCUGUGUCCACUCAGAAACAGAGAACAAAAUUUUAAGUUGGAAUCCUCUUAUUUUGCCACCUGCUCCAAAGGACUGUACUGAGAAGAUGGCCUGGUCUGCUCCUGGCAUUCCUGUAGCCAGCCCUUCGGGGGUCCUUCAGCAACCCCAGGAAACCUGAGACGUGCACAUGACUAGUCACGUCCCACUUGGAGCAGUCACCGCACAGAACAGGCCUGGGAAUGGACUGUGUGAAGGACGUUAAUGCAAAUCGGAGGAAAAGCAUUAUUUAUUUUUGUAGUAGUAAUGUCAUAUGAAUGUAUCUUAAAAUGUGUGCCCUUUUAUAUUAUUUAUGCCUUAAAAUUUCUCCUCCCAGUUUCUUCCUGCCCCUCAGCAGGAAACAGCCGAGUUUUACAGUCUUCCAUCAUCUCAGCAUCGCAUGUCCCCGAGCUCGGGGCAGGGAGAGCCCUCCCGCAGCGCCCGCCUGCGGGCUCACUGGCUAAGCGGGAGUC